AUGCACACCGGCCAUUUGUUUCCCACGUCCAUUAGCGCCAUGACUGCUCUUCCCAAGGGUACCGACGCCGUCGUCAGGUUCAGGACCGCUUCGAACCGCUCCAAGCUGCCCGAGCCAAUCCGCAUGUUCGCUUAUGCCUUCGAGGUCGAAACCGACGAGCUGCCAUGGUACGACGAGGUGUACAACGUCAUUACUGCCAGCGACCCGGACUACCGGCCUGCGCAAGCCUGGUUCGGGGAGACGCCCUUCAUCAGAACCGUGAAUUUGAUCAACUCCAUGCACCAGCUAGAGGAGCCCCAGGACUCUACGGCGGAUUUGUCCAUCAGACAAGUGGUUAUACACUGCCUCGAAUGCAACAACCAGCUUCUGCGACUCCAUCCCAACACCGAGUUACAACACCACCCCGCACUGGCCCAUUGGGUCAAGACUCUCCUCCUGUGGGAUCAACCCGACACGCUGGACAUGCUCCCCGACGACAGUCGAGAAGCCCAGCUUCUCCGGGUCGUUAUCCGAUACAUCAAGCAUAUCCUCCUUGAGCUCUCCAAAUCGGCCGAGGAUGCUCCCAAGUUAGUCCCCGCACCGUCGUCGUUCCUCAAGAACUUCAAGCGGAAUGACCCAGAACCCAAGUUCAACAUUGCAAGCUAUAUCCACGUCCUGGAUAAGGAGGGUAUUCCCUGGCGCGAGUGGUACAAGAACGAGAUUUCGGAUGAAAUCAUCAAGUUGAGCAGAGGAGACCAUUGGCCGGCCCAAAAGGAAACCGAGGACGAUGCCUCGAAGUCUCCGGUCAAAGACUAUCGGGCAGUGGGUGCGGCGGAAUUCGAAGAGUGGUAUGCCCCAAAUGUGGGGCCACAGCCAGUACCAUCUCGUGAAACCGCACCUGCUAACAUCUCCAAGUAUGAAAGGGAUCCUGGGCCACGACAAAGCGGUGAAGACGGAUUAGCUGCUGAAGAAAUCGUCGAGUUGUCGCAGAAGCAACCUGACCAAGCCCAACAGAUGCUUGUGAACCUGCCCAUCGAUCUGGCUUCCAUGGAGAUUAUCAAUGGCGUUCUCGCGUCUGGCGAAGCGAAUUUGGAAAGCCCGGUCAUCGCCUGCAACUACAUCCAACAUGGCCUCCGCACACUCGAAGACUCGUCCAGCAACGGCAGCACUGGGACGAAUGAAUCUGAGGAGCCCUACUUCCCCUCCUUUGACCCUGAAGAGAGGAAACGAAAAGUAAAAUUGCUAGUUUUAUUCAUCAGAAACCUCAUACGGCGGGGACUGGUGCCAGCUGACUCGCUUCAGUACGACAUUCAGGAAAUCUGCGUUCGCUUCGCGCCAAUUAAAGAGGUCCGAGAUCUCAAGCAUUGGUUCCAAACGGGCGAGGACUUUUGA